GCAAAGCCCAUAAAGUAAACUACCAUCACCUGGUUCAUCUUCUUUGCAUUUCCACCAACUACUAUCCGUUGACGCUGCCACCUUAGGACUGACUGAUAGUUCUGAAAUGACUGCAGCUGCCAAAGACGACGAUUUUGGUAGUAAGCAAAGUAAAAAUGUAGCUGUUAUAGGUGCAGGCGUUAGUGGGCUUGCUGCUGCAUACAAGCUGAAAUCAAAUGGGGUGAAAGUGACAGUCUUUGAAGCUGAAGGAAGAGCUGGAGGCAAAUUAAGAAGUGUUUCCCAUCAUGAUCUUGUUUGGGAUGAAGGAGCUAAUACCAUGACUGAGAGUGAAGUGGAGGUCAAAAGCUUACUUGAUGAUCUUGGGCUUAGAGAGAAGCAACAAUUUCCAAUUGCACAGAACAAACGGUAUAUUGUGAGGAAUGGAAUGCCUGUACUGAUACCAACAAAUCCAGUUGCACUGAUCAAGAGCAACUUUCUCUCGGCACAAUCAAAGUUGCAAAUUAUUUUGGAGCCAUUCUUAUGGAAGAAAAAUGAGUCCUCAAAAGUGUCUGGCGCUGAUAUACAAGAAAGUGUUGGUGAGUUCUUUCAGCGACAUUUUGGGAAAGAGGUUGUUGAUUAUCUUAUCGAUCCUUUUGUUGCUGGCACAAGUGCUGGAGAUCCUGAAUCUCUUUCUGCACGCCACAAUUUUCCAGACCUGUGGAAUCUAGAGAAGCGGUUUGGUUCUAUCAUAGCCGGGGCAGUUAAAGCCAAGCUAUCUGCCAAAAAAGAGAAGAAUGGAGAAAAAAAAGGUUCUUUGGAAAAAAAGAAACGUCAACAUGGUUCAUUUUCUUUUCUAGGUGGAAUGCAGACACUCACUGAUACGCUGUGCACAGAGCUUGGGAAAGAUGGAGUUAAACUAGAAUCAAAGGUCUUAUCAUUGUCUUACAGUUAUGAUGGCAAGUCAACUUUUGAGAACUGGUCAGUUUCAUAUGCUUCUAAGGGUGGCAAGCAUGCACAAGCAUCAUCUUAUGAUGCUAUCAUCAUGACGGCACCAUUGUGCAAUGUUAAAGAAAUUAAUAUUAAUAAAGGCAGAAAUCGCUUCUCGCUGGACUUUCUUCCCCAGAUGAGUUACAUGCCACUUUCAGUCAUAAUUACUACCUUUAAGAAAGAGGACGUCAAGAGGCCUCUAGAAGGAUUUGGAGUUCUUAUUCCUUCUAAGGAGCAACAAAAUGGUUUAAAAACUCUUGGUACACUCUUCUCAUCUAUGAUGUUUCCAGAUCGUGCACCCAAGGACUCCUAUCUCUAUACCACCUUUGUUGGUGGGAGCCGAAACAAGGAACUAGCAAAAGCUUCAACGGAUGAUUUGAAAGCGAUUGUUACUUCUGAUCUUAGACAGCUGUUAGGGGUGGAGGGAGAGCCGAAAUUUGUGAAUCAUUACUACUGGAGUAAAGCAUUUCCUUUGUAUGGAAAGAACUAUGAUUUAGUGUUAGAAGGAAUUGAGAGAAUGGAGAAAAAUCUUCCUGGAUUUUUCUACGCAGGUAACCACAGAGGUGGAUUGUCCGUGGGCAAAGCAAUAGCCUCUGGAUGCAAAGCAGCUGAUCUUGUGAUCUCCCAUUUGAAUUCUUCGGCUGAUGACAAGAUGCUGAAGGAAGGGUCACAAUCGUAGGAACAUGAAUUGCCUUCCUGGCUAUUAGCUGAUGCAAACGAUACUCUUCUCAUGCUGAUCGCUUCUCAUUGAUCUAAGAAUAUUCAAAAUAUAUAUAAAAAAAAUGUAAGAACUGCUUUUAGUUGUAUGAAUAUAGAUUAAGUUCUUCUUGUUAAUGUGUCAGAAUGCUAAGCCUUUAUAACAUCUGUUACUACCACACCUGGUAAUCAUCCAAUGCAAGUUAGGCUUACAUGGAUUUUA